GCAACACAAGAGUGGCUUCAUUGAGAUUUCCUCUGUGAGAACUUCAACCGGUUUUUUGAGACUUUUUGGAAAAGACUUUGUGAACUCAAGAGGGUAGAGGCAUCUCACCCAACUAUGAAGACCAGCAUCCUGCUUGUGUGCUUUUGGGGGUUAUCCUGUGCUCUCCCAGUAGCCAGAUAUCAAAAUACUGAAACUGAGAGCUCUGAAGAAUGGAAGGGUCAUUUGGCUCAGUCACCAACACCACCCACGGAGAACAGUGAGUCAUCAGAAGAAAGUAAAGUUAGCUCAGAGGAACAGGCAAAUGUGGACCCCAGUGACAGUGCUGAGCUGGAGGAUGACCUGGGCUCUGAUGAUCGUCAGUAUGUUUAUAGACCAGCUGGUGGCCUCUCUAGAAGUACAGGAAAAGAAGAGGAUAAAGAUGAUGAUGAAGAUGAUAGUGGAGAUGACACCUUUGCUGAUGAGGACAAUGGCCCGUGGCCUGAGGAGAGAACAGGAGGUGGAAUCUCCAGAGCUGAUGGUGAUGAUUCUGCUGAUGCCACACGAUCCAGUGAAGAUAGCACCUCACCAGAAGACAGUGCCCAGGACACCACCAGUGACAGCAGGGACCUUGACCACGAAGAUGAUGUAGGCAGCAGGGCUGAGGGACGUGACUUUACUCAGGAGAGUGAGAGUGAGGAGGACUGGGUGGGAGGUGGCAGUGAGGGGGAGAGUAGCCAUGGGGAUGGCUCUGAGUUUGACGAUGAGGGAAUGCAGAGUGAUGACCCUGACAGCACUAGGAGAGAUAGGGGCAACUCCAGAAUGAGCAGUGCUGGUGUCAAAUCAAAAGAAUCAAAAAGGGACAAUGAGCAGGUAAGCGCUCAGGAUUCUGGUGAGAGUCAAUUAGUGGAGUAUUCCAGUAGGAAGUUUUUCAGAAAGUCCCGGAUUUCUGAAGAAGAUGGCGGAGGUGAGCUCAAUGGUGGCUACACAAUGGAAGAAGUCAAGAGUGACUCCAACUCUAAAGAAGCUGACCUCGGCCAAUCCAGGGAAGAUAGCAAGAGUGAGUCUCAAGAGGACAGCAAGGAGAGUCGGUCUCAGGAAGACAGUGAAAAUGCACAGGACCCCAGCAGUGAGUCCAGCCAGGAGGUUGACUUGGCCUCUCAAGAAAGCAGUAGUGAGUCUGAGGAACAGGUGGUGAGUGAGUCCAGGGGCGACAACCCAGAUAAUGUCAGUCGUGCAGGCGACCAGAAAGACAGUGACUCCAGCCAGGAGGACAGCCUGAAUACCUUCUCCAGUUCAGAGAGCGAAUCCAGAGAGGAGCAAGCUGACAGCGAGUCCAAUGAGAGCCUGAAACUCUCAGAGGAAAGCCCAGAGUCCACCGAGGACGAGAACAGUUCCAGCCAGGAGGGCCUCCAGUCUCAGAGCACCUCAGCAGAGAGCCAGAGUGAUGAGAGCCGGUCCGAGCAGGACAGCCAGUCUGAGGAGGAGCCUGACAGUGAUUCUCAGGACAGCAGCAGAUCAAAAGAAGACAGCAACUCCACUGAGAGCACCUCAAGCAGUGAGGAGGAUGGCCAGCCCAAAAACAUGGAAGUGGACAGCAGAAAAUUAACAGUUGAUGCUUAUCACAACAAACCCAUCGGGGACCAAGACGACAAUGACUGCCAAGAUGGCUACUAGCAUCCACUUUCCUAAGAAGUGGCUCUCACAGAAAGGACUUGUGGGGGCUUUAGACUAGGGAAGCCAUUACAGCUGUAAUUUAUUGAUAUUUUGAUCAGAAAGAUAACCAGAGGCCAUUUCUUUCUGAAAGGAAUUGUUGGACAUUACACUGGUUUCUAGGGUGUCACCAUUCCAUAGAAAUUUAAAUAAGUGGAAUGAUAGCGAAGUACACUCAAUGAGAUCAGAAGUAAGGAAAGAUGUGCCUUAUAACUCACAGUGAAAUAAUUCCCAACUCAUUAACCAGACAGACAGUUAUGGAGGUCCUGUUAUGGCCCAGGCAUUGUGCUAGGUGCUGGGGGUUGUAAGGAAGCUUCAGAUUUGUUUCUUGCUCCUGAGGAGCUUAUAGAGAGACACAUAAAGCUCAAGAGUUAGUGGGAUAAAAUAUGGUUAGAAGAGAAUAACAAGAAUUGGAACAAUGUACCUGGUAAAUGUCCUAGCAGAGGUAGAAAUGAGAUUUAUGGAGUGCAGAAGGGGAGACUAAGUUUGCCUCAGAAAAUUAAUGAGCUUUUCAGUGGAAAAGCCAGUGGAGUUGGAGGGUUGCAUAGCAUUUCUCUAUUGAGGACAAAAGAAUUCUAUUUUGGGGUUAAACACUAAUUCUUAAGCAAUUAAAUAUUUACUUUGUGAAAGCACUUUGAAAUGAUGGCACAGUGGGGUGUUUUGGGAAACAGAACACUUUUUUUUUUCUGACUAAGGUUUCCUAUGCAAUGAUUUUGUGGGGCUUCCAUGACUGCCUUCAGGGUGAUGGUGUGGAGGAUUGGGCAGGAGAAAAUGGGGAACGAAAUCCAUCUUUACAUAGAGAAUUUUAGCUUUAUUUUUUCCCCUAAAAUCAGUUUAUGUGCAAUGCUAAAAAAAAUUGUCUUCUGAGUUCUUUAAAUGUGUUGUAAAAUUCUGUGUAUAGGAUGCAAUUGAUUUUUUUUGUCAAAUACCAUUUGAAA